AUGGCACACAUGCAAAGGCAGAUGGGGAAUGUGACUCCAGAAAUGAUGCAGCAAGCGAUGCGACAGAUGGGUAACAUGGGGGCGCAGGACUGGGAUAGAGUUGCUGCACGCAUGGAUGGUAUGGACCCCUCGACACUGACUGACAUGGCUGGGGAUGCCACCUCGCAGUUUCGGGCUCAGCAAGAGUACAUCUACAAGGGUUCUCUGCAGCUCAAGGCAGAAGGAAACAAACUUCACAGUGCAGGGCGGUAUUCUGAAGCGAUUGAAAAGUACCUCAAGGCAAAGAACAACAUGGCCUCACGCUCUGACCAAAAUUCAAGAACGUUGUGGAAAGCCUGCACUCUCAAUCUCGCCUUCUGCCAUCUGAAGCUUAGCCAAUUCCCACAGUGUGUGGAACAAUGUUCUGAGGUGCUUGGAGGUGAACCAGAGAAUUUGAAGGCGCUGUAUCGACGGGGGGAGGCCUACAGAGGCCUUGAACGCUUCUCACUGGCCGCCUCCGACUUGAAACAGGCAUUGCAGCUGUCCAAAGGGGAUCCAGCACAGGAGUCGUCCAUAAGAGAGAAGCUUGAAGCUGUGCAGGAGGCAUUGGCAAAGUCGCCUGGUGUGGAGGAUGGCGAUGUGGAGGAAGUUGAGGAAAUACCCUCUGCCUGGGAACAAGAUUCAUCUGCACAUGCCCCAAGGCCUGGAAUCAUCAUCGAGGAGGUAACAGACGAUGAGCCAUCUGCCAGUCAGUCACAAGGUGGGAGCAGCAUACCUAGAGGACCAACUGGUGCUGGCAUACCGGCCACAGAUGUUCCACAGAUGGAGCAGGCUGCUGACAUGUUUCGCAGCAACCCCAACCUGAUGAAACAAACAGCUCAGAUGAUGGCCAAUAUGCCUGACGAGCAGCUGGCAGCACUGUCCAAGGCAUCUGGACUCAAUAUGUCGCCUGAAAUGGUGCGAUCUGCCCAUGCUGCAAUGGAGCAUAUGACACCAGACAUGAUGGAGCAAAUGGCGAGUGUCGCUAGCUCGAUGCCUCACAGAACAGCAGGCUCAGCAUCCACAACUCCAACGCCUGAAGCAGGACCAGACCCGACACAGAUGCUUGAACCGGAGCAGCUAGAACAAUGGGCCAAAAUGUGCAAGGAAAACCCUGAGUUUAUAAAGAAUCAGUUUGAAAAGUUGUCCAACAUGAGCGAAGAAGAGCUAAAGGAAAUGGCACGACUACGCGGAUUCCCUGAAGGAUACAACAUGAGCCCGGAAUUGGCAAGAAAUGCAGCGAAAUCGAUGUCGGAAAUGACGCCAGAAGAAUUGGCAAAUGUCGCUGCUCAGUACAAUCUUUUCAAGGAACCUGGAGCUGCUUCAUCUGUGCACUCACAGGACGUCCUUCAAGGGGCACAGCGGGCGCCUCCUAGCUCCAAAACACCUGAAGCCAUGGGCGGCGCGUCAGCGGAACAACCGGCGCCUAUUGGCGGCAUGGCUGCAGGUCCAGGAGGGAUGAAAUUCACACCAGAAAUGAUGAGAUCGGCCACUGAGAUGAUGGCCAAGAUGACUCCAGAUCAGCUCAGUGAGAUGACGCGCAUGGCAUCACAAAUGAGCAGUGCCGGCGUUCCAUCGUUGUCCGAUGCCCAGACGCCAAUGGGCAUGAUGGGAGGGAUGGGAAGCAUGGGCGCGAUGCUAGACGACCCAGAAGCUGUCAAGUCGAUGGCAAAAAUGAUGCAGAGCAUGGAUGAAGGGGCAUUGGCGGAUAUGUGCAUGUCCUCGGGCAUGGCGAAGACAAGAGAACAAGCAGAGGACAUGGCUCAGAAAAUGAAGCAAAUGUCACCGGGCCAGGUGGAGAUGAUGGUGAAGGCCACUGCGUAUCUGCAGAAAGGCGUGAAGGCUGCGAAGAAUGCAAAGGAUUUCCUAAUGGGAAGGGCGGCCCUUGUGAUCGCAAUUCUAGUUAUUGUUGUCGGCGUUAUCCUUCGCUACCUGGGGUACAUGUGA